AGUAUGGCCAGUAUGGCGCUCUGCUGCAUGCGGACAUCAAGAUCAACAGACGCGCUGCUGAGAAUCUGAUCUGGAGUCAGUCCCGCGACACACUCACACACACACACACACACACACACACUCUGGAGGUCAGCAUGGAGCCCUCCGCCGACACACACAGUAAACCGGUGGACAUUUACCGAGACACCUGGGUCAGAUUCCUGGGUUAUGCUAAUGAGGUGGGCGAGGCGUUCCGUGCGCUGGUGCCGGUGGGUGCAGUGUGGGCGAGUUACGGCAUCGCCACCACUUACGUGACCGCAGACGCCAUCGAUAAAGGCCGGAAAGCAGCGGCGGCUCACGGCGAGCGUCCGGGGAAGGCGGUGUGUGUGUGUGUGGCAGUGGUGGACACGUUCGUCUGGCAGGCUCUGGCUUCUGUAGCUGUUCCUGGAUUCACCAUCAACCGAGUGUGUGCCGCGUCUCACUUCCUGCUGAGCAGAACCACACGCUGGCCACUUCCUGUCCGCAAGUGGACCACCACCGCCAUCGGCCUGAGCACCAUCCCCUUCAUCAUCACACCCAUCGACAGGUCUGUUGAUCUCCUGCUGGACUCCAGUCUGAGGAAACUCUACAGUGAAGGAGAAAAAGAAGACUGACCUCUGACCUCUGACCCCAGUCUGUGAUCAGCACCAGCAGCUGAGCCGGAGUGUGUGUGUGUGUGUGUGUGUGUGUGUGUUGAUCUGUGCCUCUGCAUGCGCUUUAUUAUAAUCACAGUGUCUUUAUUUACAGAUGCUCACUUCACUAGUUAGGGUUUGGGGUUAUUUCUGUAUCUGGUGAACAGGUGAUGCGCGCACACACACACACACAUCUAUUGUACUGUAAUUUCCCAAAGGGUGAAAGCAGAGUAGCUGUAGUGUGUGUGUGUGUGUGUGUGUGUGCGUGCGUUUGUUUUCUGUCAUGUUGUCUGAUCAACAUGUUGGUGUUUCCUCACUCAGUAAAGGAACGAGGCUGUGCUCCUCUUGUGUGUGUGUAUGUGUGUAUGUGUGUGUGUGUGUGUGUGUGUGUGUGUGUGUGUGUGUGUGUGUGUGUGUGUUUUCUGUCAUGUUGUCUGAUCAUUGGUGUUUCCUCACUCAGUAAAGGGACAAGGCUGUGCUCCUCUUGUGUGUGUGUGUGUGUGUGCGUGCGUGUGUGCGUGUAUGCGUGUGUGUGUGUGUGGGUGUGUGUGUGCGUGCGUGCGUGCGUUUGUUUUCUGUCAUGUUGUCUGAUCAACAUGUUGGUGUUUCCUCACUCAGUAAAGGGACGAGGCUGUGCUCCUCUUGUGUGUGUGUGUGUGUGUGUGUGUGUGUGUGUGUGUUUCUGUCAUGUUGUCUGAUCAUUGGUGUUUCCUCACUCAGUAAAGGGACGAGGCUGUGCUCCUCUUGUGUGUGCGUGUGUGUGUGUGUGGGGGUGUGUGUGUGUGUGUGUGUGUGUGUGUGUGCGUGCGUUUGUUUUCUGUCAUGUUGUCUGAUCAACAUGUUGGUGUUUCCUCACUCAGUAAAGGGACGAGGCUGUGCUCCUCUUGUGUGUGUGUGUGUGUAUGCGUGUGUGUGUGCGUGUGUGUAUGCGUGUGUGUGUGGGUGUGUGUGUCCUGCAGUUCAUACUCUGCUGUUAAUAAAGCACUGAACACUGCUGUAGUCUA